AAGACCACAGCCUUCCUUGUCGCCGUGACAACGCAUUCCCGAUCGCCUUCUCGCUGCAAAAUUUUUUCAAACGCGCUCGUCUCUGCUCCCUCCGUUUCUGCGUGCUCGUCUCUGCAGUCUCUUCUUCCUUCUGCUUAGCCGUCCGUCAGCUCGCUCAGCCUGCUUCAGCUCCCUCCCGCGCUCCUCUAAACACCGCGUUGCCCCCACCACCACCACCACCACCACCACCACGAUCUGGUACCACCUCCACCAGCAGAGAAACAAAAGCUCUGCGCUGCCUCCCCUCACCACCGCUCCCUCCCGUCGCAAGCGUUGCUUUUGCCAUCGGUCUUGUCGCCUGGCCCAUCGCAUUGCCUGAACCAUGUUGCCCGGCCUCUUCUUCGGCUUCUGGCGCAUCUGCGAGAUCGUCACCUUGGUUCCUCCAGUCGGCAUGCUCGCCUGGUUCGUCCAUGGCUUCACCAAAAAUAACCAGCUCACCCCGACCUUCGUCCUCGUCCUGUUCAUCGUGUCCACUCUCGCGCUGGCCUGGGCCAUGGGGACCCUCUUUCUGUACUUCCGCGCCCGCUCCAGCGGCGGCUUCGUCGCCUUUGUUGACCUCCUCUUCUUCGGCGCCCUCAUCGCCGGCGUGUAUGAGUUGCGCGCCAUCACAGACGUAGACUGCGGCAACUUCGUCUCGAACAACCCAAUCUUCUUGAACCUGGGGCCCUUUGGCUAUGUCGGCCGCCAGACGGGCAACGGCCUCGCCAACGACGAGCACAAGAACUGUUCCAUGCUUAAGGCCAGCUUUGCCUUUGGCGUCAUGAACGUCGUCUUUUUCUUCUUCACCUUCCUUUUGGCAAUCUGGGUCGGCCAUCACAACAGACCGGAGUACGACCGCCACACGCGCCGCACCGUCGUUGAGACCCGACACCGGUCGUCGCGCUCCCCCCGCUACUCCAACAGCCCGCGCCGAUCGCACCACAGUCACCGUAGCAGCCACCGCCACGCCAUCAUUUAGGAAGCCAGUCUCUCUUUAUCGCCAGUCUCUUCCGAGGAAGACGAACGCGAGACAAGAUACGAGUAACGACAAGAUUUUUUUCUUUUCACAUGGUUCGCAACCUUGUUCCUACGUCGUGCGAAUAUGUCCGGCGGCAAUGGCGGAGCUCUUUUUUUCUUCCCUGAGGGGGGCGGCGGAGUGGCCGGGUAACCUGGGCACGCAGAAAUGCGAAACCAAUCCAGAGCACAGGGGACGACCCUUGGAACACCAAAACGUCAGCGAUUCCAAAGGAAUUCGAGGACGGAAAAAAAAAAAAAGAGAGAGAGAGAGAGAGAGAUUUGGGUUGCAGCUGUUGCCUUUUUCCUCCCCUCGCCACGCUUCUCCUGAUUUCAUUGGCGUGACGUGCGUACUGACUUCUGUGCAUGGAAAGCAUGAUUUUGACGACUGAACGAGAGCGCAACGUGAGCGACCGGAGAAUAUCAUUGACUUUUUGUCAUAAUGGGAAUUUCUUUCCUUUCUGCUUUUUCUUUUCUUCUCCAACGCACGCGUUGUUUUGGGCAGAGGCCUCGACGGAGAGCUGUGCUGGACGGAUUGGCUCGUCUCUACGCCAUCUCAUCAAAGAUCUCGUGCUAUUCUUUACCAUUCUUCCCCUCCCUUUUUUCUUCCCUCUCGCUUGGUCUCCUUCCUCUUGCGUAUUACGAGGCCACGAAGAACAUGUCGUUCUGUAGGACUGUGGGAUUGUAGGAUUGCGUGGAUGCCAUGCGCGCACCAUUGUAUAUAGCUAACCGACCGAAUGUCAAAUUUGUGCCACUUG